GCAGAAGGCUGACACAUAUUUUCUUAAAAGUUAUUAUUUGCUUUACAGAGAUUCACAUUUUUUUCUCACGAUUUAAACAGACAUUUAUGCGCGGAAAUUUACUAAACGUGUCUGUUCCUGCUGAAGUUUUCUUCCUUAGCCAUGACGUUUGUUUAGGUGUCAAAUUUGCUCGAGUAUGGUAGAAAUUCCUGUUAUUGAAACACUGUGUAACAUCUGAGCUUAAUGUUGAUGAUUAGAUGGCAACAACUUUGAUACAGAAAAAAGUUUUAUUAGAUACUGCAAGUACAAAGUAUGAUAGACAUAAACCAGAUGUAAAUGCGAGACCAAUGGCAAGAGACGUUCCAAGACAAUAUCAAAGGAAUACUGAUGAAGCUCAGUUGUUGAAGUUUCCAAGUACCAAAAAUAUUCUGUGGGACCACACAGUGACAGGGGAUCCACAAACUUUACAUAUAUCUUACUUCAGGAAGCCGAGGUUAUGUAUAACAGAGAAGGUUUUAAGGUUUGCACAAAGACAUGUGGAGAGUGAUAAUCAACAAUUAUGCAGCUGUGUGCUGGUUGGAUCACUUAAUAUUGAUGAUGAUGGGGAAGGAGUAUUGUUUAAUGUUGAAAGAUUGGACCCCGUAGGUGACCCAAACAGUUCCACAAGUCAUGCUGCUGGGGAUAUGCUUAUACCAUUUACGAUCCAGACAGGCAGUAAAGAGAGAGGCAGUAGUGGGGAGGAUUAUUGUAAUGCUCUACAACUUCUGAGACAAAGAUGCUGCUCCAAGGACCCAGUGGAGUUAGGCAACAUUUUACUAACAAAGGGCUGGUGCAGUUUUUACACAAAAGGAGAAAUUUGUGUUCAUCAUCUGGAGUUUGAGGUGGUUACUUUGGGAACUGAAAUUAAAGCUGUACCUAUUGAUCCAGUUCCUAUUGUGCCAACUGCCCUCUCAAAGAAUCUCUCUGGUCCCAUGAGUAUUAGUCACAUGCAAGGCACCCCAAAAACUGGGUACCUUACGAUGGACCAUACUCGUAAACUGUUGUUGGUGCUAGAAUCUGACCCUAAAGUUGUAAAUCUACCUCUUGUUGGAAUCUGGGUGAGUGGUGUUCCCUAUGUAUAUAGUCCUUAUGUUUGGGCAUGCUGCUUGAGAUAUCUACACAAUUCUGCGAUUCAGGACAGAGUUUGUUCGCCACCAGAUCCAUUUUUAUUAGUGCUAUAUAAUCCCAGCCAUUCUAGGCCAGAGUUUUAUGAAUGUUCAACUGCUACAGGAUCAAAUAAAAUGACCUUUGACUUUUACUCCGGUUAUGAGGCUGUACAGAUUAGUAAGAACUCAAUGGGUAACAAUGAGAUUGUUGAAAUUGAUCUAAAUCUAAUGAGAGAUGGUAAUAAAUUUGAGCUGUUCAGAGAAGCUGUCCUUAAUAGUGCUAAUGACAGUGGUCUAGAUACCAGUAGAAGAUCACUGUCACCAGAACCUGUUAGUAAUGAUGAUAUAACUCCACGACUGAAACCAGCACCUCACAAGUCAAAGUUACCAAUGAUGCAGUCCAUGGUGCCAGAAGUGUCGCUAUUUUUUGGAGAUGAAGACACAACUUUUGUUCCAAGUGUUCAGCAUCCGAGGCCAGUACAACCAGUUUCUCGUGCUAGCAUAGGGCAGCAUUCUACUUCUGUACCAUCAUUUAAUGGUCACAAUUCAGUUCAGUCAGUGCCAAACAAUAAUAAUGCUCAACAUAAACCAGCAUCAUCUGUGGCAGUUAGUAACUAUAUUAAUAAUGCCCAAGGCAUGAGAACUACACAAAGUGUAAAUUCCGAAAGUAAAAGUCUGCCAAAUAUUCCAAACCAAGCAACUCCACAGGAACCUAUGAAUGUGCAUUCAACCAGCUCAGCACAUGGGAAUCCUCAUAGUUAUCCAUCUUCAAGCCAGGCCUCACAAAAUGGGUACCAACAGGCACCACAAGUAGGAUAUCAGCAUGCACCUGUAGGGCCAGGACCUAGGCCUGCAUUCUGUAGUUGCCCUGACUGUCCUAAACCUCCUCAGUUCUACAACAGACCACAGUCAUAUGAUCCAAGAGGUCUUCCCCAACCACCUAGACCUUAUUAUUCUAAUUAUGGACCACCUCCAAGACCAGCAGGAAACUACCCUGGAUACCAGCCUCACCAAGGGGGUUAUACACAUUACCAAGGACCUGUGCCCGCAAGUCAACCUUACCCUCAAUAUUCUCAGACUCAACCAUCAAGUGUACCUUAUCAAGGCCCACCAUCAUCUCAUAUGAAUGGUUUCCAACAUGGCAUGCAACAAUCCCAUUCCAAUGAGUCCAUUCCAAAUAUGCCAGUGAUUAGUAGACCCAUUCCAGUAUCAAGUCAGCCAGUAUACUCAAACAUGAUUCGUCCAGCAACAUCUCAAGGCCAUUCAGUUCAGAAGCCUUAUCCAAAUCAUCCUGUGCCUCAAGCUAGUGGUGGACUGCCAGUUAAAGUAGAGGAGAAGGCUCCUUUACCAAGAACUCCUGCACAGAGUGCUGAAGGAGCGGUGUCAAAUAGUACUGAGAUGAGGAGAUCAAACCCAACCUCUGACAGUAGUGCAAGAUCCAGUGAUGAUAGUGGCCUUAGUUUUACACCAGAGAAACAUAACUCACCAUCAAAUCCAAGUCCGAAGUCAACACAAUCUGCAGGUGAUCUUAAAUCAUCUCUAGGUGGUGUGAACUGGGAAAACGUACCACCAGAGAUUUACCAACUCCUCAUCAAUCAAGAUAAGCAGUUAAAACAACUACAAGCUCAGAUUGAGGUUCUUACCUUGCAACAAGCGCAGUCCUUAAAUAACACUGCUGAAAGUGUUAAUGUAAAAAACACUGUACCGUCACCUAGUGAAAAAUGUAACAUUGCCACUAAUACAUCUUUAGGCUAUGUUCAGCAGAAAGAACAAGUGUCAGCUUGCAUGCAGACAAGUCAGCAGGAGGUUGAUAGUUUCCCGAGAGUCCUAGAGAACUCUCGUGCUACCACUGAACCAACACAUCGAGGGUCAAAUAGGGACCAGUCUAAUUCUAGCUCCAAUGGCAGUGGAUGUGAUGCCAGAACUCCUGCUGAAAUCCGGCACCGAGGGAGAUUACCUAUGAACAGUACGCAGAGAGAUGAUGCUGAUCUUGAUAUUUCCCAAGGAGAACUGGUAGCUUUGAUGAACAAUAUGCAUGACAGGACCAUUGAUAGUGUACAGUCCGAGAUGAUUGUUGAUUUACCAAGUUUUCAAUCCUCUCCAACCAGGUCACCAAGAUCACAGGAAUCAUGUAAUGACUCGGCAGCAUUUAACAUGUCACCACGGUCACCUAUAUCUGCCAGCAUGUGUGAGCAGGGUCAAAAUGGUGGUGUGUCCGAGUAUACUGAUGAUGAAGAUGAUGAUGAUGAAGGGGAGGGUGAGGAAGAUAAUACUGCAGGCACGGAUAAUCCUGAAUAUUACAACAGGCUGAUGGACAAUAUAAAGAAGUUGUUAAGUCAGAACACAACAGAGAACACAACCGGUGCUGAUUGUGGUUAUUCUGGUGAUAUCUCAUCUGAUCCUAGCACACCAGUCAGACUAGCAAAGGAGGAUAUAAACCUUGGGGAACACCUUCAAUCAUUCUUCAGGUAUGAACAGAGCACAACAAAAGGUCCUGUUGACACCACAUUUAUACCUAAGAUCAACUAUGUGUCCAUGCUGCUGGACUCUGACACAGAUACUUCAAUGGAGAUCAAUGCAAUGGCAAUGAAAUAUCUGAAAGAUGAGCAGCUCACACAGCUCACUAAACUUCAGGCAAAAAACAGAUUACUUCAGGGAUCUAAGAAAACUUCAGAAAAGACUGCACUUCUCCAGAAAAUUUUAAGAAUGGAAGAUGAUAGUACUCCUAAUGUAACAAAUGUUGGCAUGUCGCCAAAUGACCUGACUUUUGCCACUAAGAGAUAUCUGGAGAAGCAUGGUUUGUUAGAUGGAGGAGCGUCAAGCGGGAGCACGUCUAUGAGUGAUGCUACACAAAAUGAUAGUUACAGAUUAAGAACUAAUUAUAGCACAGUAACUUCAGGGUCUGAAGAUGGACCUGCACAAAUAACACAUGAAAUUCUUAGCACACCAGAAAGUCGUAGAAGUGGAACUGUAGAUACGCCCUCUAGUGGCAGAUACACUGAUGCUAUGUAUAGUAAUGGAACAACUCCAACUUAUAAUAGUUCACGGACUACGUACAAUGAUUCGAGAAAUAGUGUAGGAUUUAAUAGGACACCUAAACCUAACCAUGUUCAGAGCAGGUUAGAAGAUCAUAGAAGAGUUACCCAAAAUGGUUCAAAUGCUCAUAACAGUUCUGUUCCCCAGUCUCAAAAAGCAUCGCCAUAUUCACAAAACAGUUCUCCAUAUAAUCAAGAUAUUAAUCGUAGAGAUAUUGGUGCUAAAGGUCGCUAUGUCACUCCUCAAAUUACACGUCCACCUAACCACCAAAACCAUUCCCCACCAGAAAAAGAAGUUCCCAAUGAUGGUUCUCCUCGUGAUAUGGGUCGAGACAAUGAAGAAGUUGGUAAAUAUAGAGUUGAAAGUUAUGGUAGAAAACUCCCACAGAGACAAACUGGUGCUGAAGAAUCUGUUGGUGUUCGAAAUUACUAUGAUUCUAGACAAAAUCGACCAGAAACAAUUGAAGACGAUAGAAUAUUAGAUAUUACACGUCUUAAACAGCUUCCAAAAUUACUCUGACAUUUUACAUAAGUUAGUCCCAUUUUAACAAAUAAUGCGUAUUAGAGCUAUACAUUAAUACAACUGCAUUUUCAUAGGCUUUAGAAAGCAGCUUUAUAUCAGUUAGCAAAAAUAUUUAGAAUUGAUUUUCCUGCUUUGCUUCAGUUGCGAUACAUUUGUCAAAAUUUUUAUCAUAUCAGACUUGUAUCUGAUUAUCAUAUCGGACUUGUAUCUGAUUCCAACGGGCAUUUAGUUAAUUUCAAUUAUUUGUUUAUUUAUUAUAUUGGUUUGCUUGAAAAUUUGAAUGUAACCCUAGUCUACACAUAGCAGAAAACGAAGCAUUUAUAAAUGUAAAGUUAAUGGCAUAUCUUCAGAGUAGUGAAUAGACCGUCCUUAUCUUUAUAGUCAAUGAAAACUUUAUUUAUACUUUAAUUUUUUUUGUAAAGUUGGAAGUUGUUCUAUAUAUAGAAAAUGUGAUUUUUAAAAAAUCAAAUAUAUAAUUUAAUGGAAAGAGUGAGUGGGGGUUAAGUUUACAGUAUAAGAGUUGCCAACAUUUUUACACAAGACUGUGAUAUCUAUAUAUUCUAUUGUCUCAUAUUGUUGUAUUUUUAUUUUAUACUCAUUCUUUUACUCUUUAUGUCAGGUUUUUAUUUAUUUUUAUUUUUUUGAAAAGCUUUUUUAGUUGUUCUGUCCAGUAUUUGAAAGCAGCUUUUUAUUUUCAUAGUUUUAUUUUUAACAUUUUGUUUUAUUUAAAAAGAGUUUGAAGUACAUUAGGGCAGCAUUAAUGAAUGUAGUUCUAAGCUAUUUAGAAAAUAUUAAUUUAGUGCUAUGUAAUACAUAGAACAUUAGAAAGCAGUAUUUAAUUUAGGUUAACUAUUUUAUAUCGUAUUAAUAAAAAAUUAUUUAAAAGAGAUUAGUAUUAGAAUAUUUAAAUAAUUCACAAUAUGUUCAUAAUGUUGAGUAGUGCAUACAUGUUUUAUAGCUUUAAAUUGUAGGAACUGUGAUUUUGAAUUGUUCAUUUUGUGGUCUCAUAUACAUGAAUGCUGAUAGUUUUGUUCUACUUAAACUUUUAUCUGACUUACCAUAAAACAAAUGUACAGGGUUUUCCCGUAACCAGGUUUUCUACAUGCCUGACAUAAGUUUCGGUCGGAGGACAUCUUACAGCAAUAGUGCAUCCCAAUGACCAUAAAAACUCACCAUUUUAGAAUCUUCUUUCGAUUAUGAUAAUUUUGUUACUUUUGUAUAAAUAAAAUUUGAUCUUCUGUAUAACUUAGGCACCUUUUCUAUUCAAUAUUCCAAGCUUACAACAUCUACAGUUAAAUAGAAGGCUACAACUGAAAAGUAUGAACAAUUUAUAAUUGAUUUCAGUAGCUUAAAUCAUGUUACAAUAUGGAGACUCCUUUAAAAUGUCAAUGGACUCCAAAAAUGUCAAAUUGUCUGAAAUUUCUAGGGAAAACCCUGAAUUUGACACUGAAUUUACAUAUAUUCAUUAGAUCAUAUAAUUGAGAAGGCCUGUUGCCAUAGAUAGAUAAGUAAUUGACCAUGACUUUGUCUAUAUCACUUGGGUUUUAUUUACAUGAAAUGUGAAGAUCACUGUUUGAAUUAGUGCCAAAAAAUUACACAUUGAAUAAUUCUUUAAAAGAAAAGCUGCGGCCAGGAUUCUUUUACUUUCAAAUGCAAUCUUCUCUUUUUUCAUAAAACCUAAACAAAUUACUUAAUGCAGGACAUUUGAAUAUAUAAAUUUUACUAUGGUAAUAUAGUUAAGAACUGUUAAUAAACCAACUAAAACAGUUACAUUGUUAAGCAUAUACAUGUUUUGUACUGCUUAAGGAAGUUUUGAAUUCUGUGUUCUUGUAGUGAAGCAAUAUCUCAUAUCAUUAUUACUUCACUAUCUUUCACUUAUUCUAAAGUAUGUUUUUAUUUCAUAAGUGUUACUACAAAUGGAAAUGAAACUGAAAUGCAUGAACAGCAGUUGGCUAUUCAUUAUUUUGAAUUUCCUUUCAGUUUUUAUUUGUUGAAACAUUACAUAGUUUUAAGAUUUUAAUUAUAACAGAUAUUGAAUAGCACUAAAAUUUGUUGCCAUAGCAACUUAAGAAAAUAGAAAGUAAUUAGCUGUUAGAUUUUACUUUUAAUUAUUUAUUUAUUAGUGUAUAUAAAUAAAUUAUUUAUCUUAUUAAAUAA